AACUGAACCUACGUCACAACACCAGCUCACUGGUGGUGAAGCAUCAUGGCGGACCCCAGCUGCAUCAACCUGACGUCCCUUGCAAGGGCAUUGUCACAGCCUACACUGAAUCUGAAUGAUAGUCCUACAAGGAGUAUUCCGCUGUCCAAAUGUCGAAGGAGAAAGUUAUCGAUCUGCGACUCGACUGAAAGCUCUGAGCCUUCACCAAUCGCUCCAGAGGCACAAGUCCUAGUUAUCAACACCGGAGGAACCAUAGGGAUGACACUUCACGAUCAGGUGCUUGCUCCAAAAGCUAAUGCUUUUUUUGAGAGCCUACGGAAGUUGCCUAUCCUUCACGAUGAGUAUUAUGCCCAGCAGUCCGGCUUGUAUGACUACUAUGGAUCUGGGAACAUCCUCGUCCUGCCGCUAAGUGAGCAAAAAAAGAGAAUAGUCUACACUAUUAUGGAGUACUCACCCCUGCUGGACUCCUCCAAUAUGACCACAGUUGACUGGGGUAAAAUAGGAAGGGAUAUUGAGGAAAACUAUGAAAACUACGAUGGAUUUGUGAUCCUCCACGGCACAGACACUAUGGCUUACACUGCCUCUGCCCUGUCCUUCAUGUGUGAACAUUUAGGCAAACCAAUCAUUGUCACCGGAUCACAGGUGCCGAUCUACGAGAUGAGGAAUGAUGGCAGAGCCAACCUGCUGGGGGCGCUGCUGAUUGCUGGCCAUUUUGUCAUUCCUGAGGUGUGCUUGUAUUUCUACAACAACCUCUACAGAGGGAAUCGAUCUACCAAGGUGGAUGCUGGGAGUUUCAAAGCGUUCUCAUCUCCUAACUUGGCUCCUCUGGCCUGUGUUGAAGUGGACAUCACAAUCAACUGGGAUACAGUGUGGAGAGCAAACACCACAGCAAAGUUUCAUUUGAGCCCUGAGAUGAACAGGAACGUGGGCCUGCUCAGGCUGUUCCCAGGAAUCACUAAUGCUACUGUGAAAGCUUUCCUGCAGCCGCCCAUGGAGGGUGUGGUCCUGGAGACGUACGGCAGCGGAAAUGCCCCCGACAACCGUCCUCGCCUGCUGGCCGUGCUGAAGAAGGCCACCAACGAUGGAGUCAUCAUCAUCAACUGCACCCAGUGUCUGAGGGGGACUGUGUCCGCGUCUUACGCCACCGGCAAGGUGUUGAUGGAUGCAGGGCUGAUAGCUGGAGGGGACAUGACUCCAGAGGCGGCCCUGUCAAAGCUGUCCUACGUUUUGGCCAAAAAAGAUAUAACUCUUGAUGCUAAGAAAAAGAUGAUGGCUCGGAACCUGCGAGGUGAGAUGAGCGGUAACUUAGCAGGAGCCAAGCUUUGUCUGAGCGAUAGCCGCUUCAUCCAGGUCAUCGCCAAGUCCCUGAGCAUCAGCUGCAAGGAGGAGCUGGAAGCCAUCCGUGAUGCCCUGACCCCCCCUCUGGCAUGUGCUGCUGCUAAGAUCGGAGACAUUGAAGCCUUGGAAGCCCUAAAGGAAAUGGGCAGUAACUUGUUUCUGGACGACUAUGAUGGACGCACGCCGCUGCAUGUUGCCGCCUGUGAGGGCCACCUGAAAGUGGUGAAGUACCUACUGAGUCAUGGAGCUACAGUCUAUGCUAAAGAUCGCUACGGCGACACACCCCUAUGCAACGCUGUGCGCUUCAGGCACAAGGAGGUGGUGAAGCUGCUGAGAAAGACCGGAGCACACUUCUCCAGAGACAAGUUGGAGGAAGCAGGAAAUGAACUGUGCAGCCUGGCAGUCAGCGGGGACAUGGAGGGCCUGGAAAUCUGGAGCCUUGCCGGAGCCGAUCUGAAUCAACCAGGCUACAACGGGCAGUCAGCAAUUAUAAUGGCUGAGGCUGCUGGCCUGUUGGAAAUGGUGGCCUUUUUACACCAACUCAAAAAUAAGACAGUAAUUGGUGAAGAUGAUGAUGAUGAUGAUAGCGAAGGGAUCGAGUUCAUCGCCGCCCCGACAGGACAGUGAGCUGACGCUGCCUCCACCAGCCGGAAUCUUCCUCAAUGUGUAUCCUCUUCUCCCAAGCCGUCCUCUACACACCGUCCUAUUGAGUUUCAGAGUUGCUCUCACUUCGAAUGUUUAGAUUUGACUUUUUUUAAAGCCAUUACUUAUGUUUCCCUCCAAACUCCAAGCCAGCACAACAUUAUUUAGGGCAACACUAUGUAUACGUUUGAUUGUUGCACAGUAGUAUAUGUAUGUAUGUAUAAGGAGAAACAUUAUCAUCCUGAAUGUGAAUGUUCAAUCAGGGAUAAUUGUGAAAUUCACCCGUUUUUAGCAUGGAGAGUGCUAUAACCUCCCUUUACUCCUUCAAUGGAGGAUGGUUGUUAAAUACAUUUGUAUAUGUAGUAGGGAUGAGAAUUUAAAAGCAAAUGUAUAUUCGACCCCCAAAAAAACGGUUAACCGAAAUGUAUAUAUUUUUAUAAUAUAUAUAUAUAUUAUGAGGUUUGAGUCUGCGUGAUCUGCGUAUAGGGAGGGGCAGCAGCCAUAUCAUUAGAACUAGCUAGAUCUGAUGGAUUUGGACAUAAACGCGAGUGAAGUUACCGGACGCGAGACAGAGAGAUCAGCACCUGCAGCUCUGCCCGCUGUGAGGGACCGUGAGCGGAGCAAAACACACCUUUAGACCUAACACAUUUAGCUAUGGCACUGUCGUAUACAUUGAAUUAUUCCAUUUGAUAAUAUGUAAUCAACUUAGGCACCCCUCCCAAAUAUUCAUGACUCAUAUUCGAAUACCUGAAUAAUUUCUAAUAUUCGAUUAAUCGUUCCCAUCCCUAAUAUGUACUAAAAGAGUUAAAGAACUCUGACUGCUGUAACAGUACUUUACAAAGUUGUGUGUGUUGCUGUAGCAAUAUAUUAAAAAUAUCUGAAACUAUAGGGUACAUCACAGAUUGUAUUUGUAUGGGUAUUUUUACAGUGAGAUGCUAGAGAGUAUCAUGUUAACUCGUGAAAAUAAUGUUGUCUUUAUUGCAUCUGGGACGUUAUUCAACUGUAGCUCUUGUCCACUGCCCUUUCCAUUUCCUGUUGCUAAAACAGGUACAACCAAAACCUGCAGUCACCUCUCCGACUCAUCCGGCCUGUUUGCUGCACUGAUUACCGAGCUUGAAGAGUGGCACAUCUCACUCUGAGAUGGACUGGGGGAAAUUUAGACUUGUUUGAGCCAGAUAAAGACUCCCAGUUCCCAGUUUCUGUAUUUUCUUUUACUUUGCGUCAAAGAUCACAACAAAAUAACUUUUCUUUCCUUAUCUUUGUUCUGUAAUGUGUAAAUGGUGUCGCUACUUUAGUUUGCUUUAAAAAGAGAAUUUUCUGUGAUUAAUGUGAUUGUCCCGAUGUUGUAUUUACAAAGAGUGUAAAGGAUGGUCUUCUUCCUUCUGUGUAAAAAAAAAAGAAAAGAAAAGCAACAAAUAAAUCUCUUGUAUCAAA